AUGUCAGCUUUUGCAAACGUUACAGAGACUCAAACUUCAAACAUGAUGCAACAAAAGACUACCAGAGCCCACUUCAAGGCUCUCACAGAAACCAUUGAGCGCUUUAUCUUCAAGCAAGGCUCCUCCACGGAGGACCCUCAGGUCCAGAACCCACAGUGUUCGACCAACCACCACCACAACUUGGUCUGCCUGGCUGCAGCAGGUCUGAACUUACUCGUUGAGGGUUAUUCAGACCCUCUUUGUGGCUACCAAGGCUGCAAGACCAACCCUUACCCUGGAUUUACCGAAUUUCAGGGUAGCAGUGGCUCCUCAUUGAUUGAAGGAAUUACCACUGCUUCUCAGGAGCCCCGAUGCUCCCACAAUGCUAAUCAGCAUGAAAACCUUCCCCAGUUUUCCAAGACCGAUGUUCCUUCUGCUCAAGUUGUUGCUUUGAGCGACCCAGAGGAACUCGAGGAUCUUUACGUCGACCACGAAAGAAUCUUCAACCCCGAGGCUAUUGGAGCCUGGUUGGAGGAUGUCGAUUUGGAAAACGCCGAGGCUGUCUCGAUGCCCAGUUCCAUUGCCAGUGUCAGCUACUUGGAGGACGAUGUUUCAGACGACGUUUCAAACGAUGCAAACGUUUCAGAGGACGUUUCGGAAAGCAGCUUCUCCGGCGACAGUUUUUUCGACUGUGGCAGCCUUUCCGAUGACGAGUCCGUCUAUGAAACCGCCGCCGAGGACUUUGAAGAGCUUACCAAGCCUCCUCGUGGCAAGACUUCCAAGAAGCCGGUCUCGCUUAUGCAUUCUAUGGAAAAGUCCCGUUUCAAGCGGUUCAAGAAGACGCUCCAUAGAAAGACGGCCAAGAACCCAUUUGCUGUUCUUCACGUCGAGCCUACUUUCGAGAAACGCCGCAAGACCACGUGGAUUCCGUUGUUGACGGACUUCAGUUUACCUGAACCCACCAGUCCUCUUCCCAACUACAGAGAUGCCAAUCCUCUCUGGGACAUCCGUACGAUGGAGACGGGUGACUUCAACAUCUACCACAAGGCUUUUUGA